AGCUGUGAAGCUGUUUGUUUCUUUCGGAAAUCGAAGUCUUCUUAAGCCCUAAUUCUCCCGCCGGCCGGUCACUCGUCGCGUUUUCACUUUCCUCUCCGGCUACUUCUCUAAGAUUAGAAAUAAGUCGGAAUCUCUUUUUGCUUAUUCCAAUCAGGAAAGUGAAGAAAAAUUCGAAAGUACUAACGAGAGUAAAAAAUCAUUUUCGUAAUUUUGAAUCUGACUUUGAAGCAAUGGAUGAAGAAUUGUCAAAUUCAGCGAGGCGAAUGUCCAUGCGAACUCGUAAGGUUGCUCCAAAAAUGGCUGCUGCUCUAGCAAGUUCUGAUAAUAGAACUCAGGCUAUGCUGGCGCGUCUUGAUGCAUUGGAAAGUGAUAAUGCAGUAGUGGAACAACAACCACUUGAUGAUGAUGAUGAAGCUUCUCUUGACGAUGAGGAUCAAGUAUUUCACAAGAAGUACCCGAAAGGCACAAAACGGAAAACACGCCAAGCUAAGGCACUUGAGCAUAAGAGAGCCCCCAAAACAUUCCUUGAGCUCUUGCAUGAGGCAAACCUGGAGUCCUUGCCACCCCAUGUGCCAACCUAUUUAAGAGCAGCAGUGGGACCACCAAGUUCCAUCUCUCGCCGUCAUUUCUGCACGGUUUGUGGUUUCUCCGCGAACUAUACAUGUGUGCAAUGUGGAAUGCGCUUCUGCUCAAUCAAAUGUCAGACCAUCCACAAAGAUACUCGGUGCUUGAAAUUUGUUGCUUGAUUAGUGAGAACUUGAAACCUAAAUGAAUUGGACGGACAUCCUUGUAAGCUCAAUUCUGAUGUCUUGUAGAAUUUGUUAGUUUCAUGUUUAUAUAGCUUAUGUAUAUAUUCAAGUACUCUGACUAAUCUGACUUAAUGGACUUUGUCCUUUUUCUCCCGAG